AUAUAAAUAUUUUACUUUAUCUUUCGUCUUUAAGAUAAAUAUUGUAUAUGCGUUGUAAUUUUUGUGGAAUUUUCAUUUAUGGAUAUCAUUAAUGUAUAAUGGAUGCUUAUACCAAACAAGAUAAAAAACAUUAUGCAGUAGUUAAAUUUCUGUCGGAUGGCACAUUUUCUGAAAUUCCUACUGCCUGGCUUUGUAAAGAAGGUGAGACAGAUCAAUGUUGGUGGCCGCCACGAACAGCAAAUAGCACAAUUUUAAUUACAAAUUGUGCAAGUCCAAAUACCGACAUAUGGAGCAGACAUGAGAUAGAAAUAAUAAAAUAUUGUUCGUCAUUAGAAUCAGCUCGAAAAAGUGCAUCAGAUGCAUAUUAUCACACAACUGAUGACGAACGAUUAGGACGAGGAAAAAGACAAUUGCGCCCAUAUAAUCGAUACGACAGUAGUGAUGAAGAACACGAAGAAACACAAUCUCGAAAAUUUAAUAAAAAACAACGUUAUUCAUGCAAUCGUAGCAAUAAUAGUGACGAAGAAGAAUACGAAGAAACACAAUCUCGAGAAUUAAACAUUAAAGGUACAUCUUGUCAAAGAAAAAGACUUACAGAAAAAAACUGUUCGAGUGCUAUUGCAUCUACUCUACCAUCGUGUCCUGACAACUUUGGUUUAAAUAAUAAUGUACUCUCUACAUUUAAUACACAUAAUGUCUCACAAAAAAGUUGUGGAAGCCGUUUUAAUGAGACUUUGUCAAAGAAAGGAAUGGAAAGUGUUUCAUUGUCUAAACAAAAAGAAAAGGAAGCCGAAGAAGUGGAAAACAUACCCAUAAUAUUUGAUGGAUAUGUACCGUGUAUAGAGGAUAUAAAAGAGAAUGUGAAUAUAAAACAGAAUUUACAACAAAUGGUACACAUGCAAGCAACAGUAAACAUCACGUUACAAGAUAUAAACCAACGUUUAAAAAGAAUAGAAAAAGCUAUUCUUACAAAAUGUGUAUCAAAUUUUGAUGUAAAUGAUAAUAUUAUCACGAAAUUUUUACCUUGUAGCACAGUAGAACGUAUAAAGCAAUUUGAAUCAUUAUUGAAAACUACAGAAGAGGCAGUUACUCAAUUUAGAGAGUAUUUGUUGAAAAUAGGAGGAAACAACCCUAAAGAUAAUAUACAACAAAUUUUGAAAAAAAUUUUCACGAAUGAGUGUGCUAUGAAUUGUUCCAUGAAAGGAAUUCGAAACAAUUUCCGAGUUGGUGACUUAAAUAUAAUAAAAAUUGUUAGAAGAGAUUUAACUUUACGUCACGCAAGUCUAACAGAAUCCGAUUUUGAUGGUAUAGUCGCAGAAUGGCUACGUUUUGCGAAACAAAGAAAAGAAAGAGAAGACAAGACUAAGGAACAAGACAAUGAAGAAAAUGAUGUACAACAUAACGUUGAUGAGUAACAUCUAAUACAUAUAUAAAUAUAUAUAUAUCUUUAUCUUUUUUAAAAAAACAUUUUUUUCUUAAUAUAUAAAAAAUAUAGUAUCGCUAUAUAUCUUUGAAGAUCCUGGAUCCUCGUUACAGCCAUAUGUUAGAUUAUGACAGAGACGAGAAAACACACUGAAAGUUUUAUUUAGAUGCCAUUUUUAAAUGAAAAGAUACUUCAAAAAAACACUACUUCGGAUGGUUUUAGCACACAUUUUUAAAAUACCUCGAAACUAUUCUUUUCCCUUGACAGUCAAUCAACAAUCGUAAAAUAAUUGUGAUAUUAAACUUUGUCAUGUGGAAUGACUGUGCAUGUGUAAAGAUCAGACGGACUGGGCCUCAUAUUAGUCAUUUUACAGUUUUUGAUUAAUUAUAAAGGGAAAAGGAUAGUUUUCAAAGUAUUUUGAGAGUGCGCAAAAGCCAUGCAAAGUGCUGUUUUAUUAAAAUGUCUUUAUUUCAAAAUGACUUGAGAAUUUUAGCGUAUGCGUUGUUCGCCUCUAACGUCACAAUUCCAACAUGGUCGGUGAAUAGCCAGAAGUCUUAAUAAGGUUUAUAGAUUUCUCUCUAGAAAAGGGGACACCAUGGCGAUAAAUAGAUAAAUGUUUUCUGUAUGAUAUAUAUAUAUAUAUAUGUAUAUAUAGACUAAUGGGUGCUGGGAUUGUCCCCUUUUGAGGACAAAGUCCGCAUUAGCCUGUCCUCCAGGAAACAUUAUUAUAUAAUACAUCUCCUGAUGUCCAUUAAAAGUAUUUGUGUUCGUAUAACAAAAAAAUAAUCAGAAAAAAGUUAAGUUUAAGUUAUA